AUGAUGGCGAUCAAGGAAGGGCCUCUCCUCUGGGCUCUUGACAAGGACGCUACUGUGGUGCAAAGGACCUAUGGUGUGCUGCAACCCCAGUUACUAUUAAUAUACUCCAACGAGGAGGAGUCCAGUUUUAAUAGGACCAAACCCUUGAGGUUUUUCGAUCUCCAACAAUGUUUUGCUGUCCAGCCCACUAAUCAGUAUCCGGACUUCUUCGGGAUCAUGUUGAUGAUAGUUCCCGGAGAAGUGAGUCUGCUGGGUUUUUCAACCGCCAUCAAGCGUCGGGAAUGGAUGGAAGUGAUAAACGAGGCGAUGGAUACGGAAGUGAUGUCAGCAGAACUUCGCGAAUUGAUUGACACACUUCAAGAACGUCAAGAAAUCCCAUCUGUGGUUGCCAAGGCAGACGAGAGAAGUGGUAACGGUGGCAGUAAUCACAGCAGUCUAGAUCAACUCACCAUGUCCUCGCCUUCGUCCCAAGUGGUCCAACUAACAGAGUCCAAGCAGUCGGAGGAUAGGGUCACCUUCUCUUGCCCUCCCCUCAAGUUAAUUGAUUCUCCACUGCUUAAAUCACCUAUUGAAGCCUCACCAGUCGAAGAUGUCAGGUGCUGUCAGAAAGGCUGUCUCGAUGAGGUGAACGACACACUAUCCAAAAUACAUCCCAUCCUUUUUGAUUGCGAGAAAGAGGAGCACCAGCAGCCUCAACAAGGAUAUCCGCUGAAGAAAGCGGUCGUAAAUGGUUAUGCCAAGGAUCCGCCAGAGAAAACAGCCAAGUCGAUGAGUGAAGCGGAGACCAUACUUAAAAAUUUUCAAUCUCUCAGCAAAAUACUCAUUUCCCAGGAGGCGGUGAAUUCGGUACUGACAGAUAGCUGCUCUAAUUUAAAAGAAACGCUGAAGAUGCUCUCCGAACGAUUGCGCUUAGGAGGCAUUGAAGUGGAGCUUUCUUUUUCCCAAGCUCCCACACCCUCCAACCGCCAACCUUCAAAGGGAGGCUCCUCACUCCAAGAUAUUCCGAAUGCGUCGAAGUCCUGCCGCUCCGCAGACACCUCAUCCGUGAUCCGACGUCAAAGAUACCAGGUUCGUCAACCUGGACAGACAGCCUCCCUGGUGGUGUUUGAAGAUCAAUCCUUCUUAAGCCCAGGUCCUGACACUUUUAGCACAGGAACCAGUUCUACACAAACCCUUGUAGCACCCGCCCCUACCGAUGGUCCCGUCUACAGUGACAGCCAUUCUGUGGGUGUAGUCUGCUCUCACUGUCUUAAAAUACUUUCAGCGGGAAUCCUGGAAAUCUCCAUGAAUCUCAUCACAUCUCAUACUUCGCCCAGUCCCCAAACAAUACGACGAGUUUGUGCUCUUGCUUCCUGUCUCCAUUCCUAUCUCUCGGGUCACAUUGCAGCCAUCCGCAAUCGAACAAACUUUCCUAAUGAUAUCCUAGUUACUGGGCUGGCAAAGCUCGCUCUAAAUGACCCAAACGCUCCUCCAAUGGUUCAGACAUUGGUUGAGAGCGUAGCGGCAGAGGUGUGUGGGCAGAUUUUAGAGGAGAUGGGGAAGGAGAAGACAAAAGGUGCAGCCGCAGCUCACCUGAUCAAUGGACUAUCCAUGGAUUGGUUUAAUGCCAUUCCUGAGAAGCAGGAUCUAAAGUGGAUGCUUCCCGGCUACAUCGCUACUUGUCUCAUGCUCCAUCGGCUAUCAGAUUCAGGAGUUAAGAUAAUCAAGAACCAUGAGAAGCUAAUGGAUCCAUCAUUGACGAACGGGAAUUUGCAUGAUACUCAGGUUCAGGAUGUGCUAGAGGCUCUUUCGACUACUCUCAGUCGCUCUAUCUGUCAUGAGAAGUAUGAAUACCCUUCCCCGAAUGAUUCCUACCUUCAACUAGGAGUAGAGUUCGAGUCGGUGUUCUUUGAACUGCUUAUGCGGGAGUAUGGUAAGGGGGCCUUGGAGGUCAUUCUCCCCGAGACAGUGGAUUCACGAAAUGCCAACUCGGAUAAAUUAUUCUCCAGCAAAGUGCAGCGUCCAGACGACAUAUUGAUCCCGGAUGAGAGGCGCUCUGCCUUUGCACAUGACGACUUGAAUGACCGUGCAUUCCAAAAGCAGUCAGCUUUGUCUCCUGACGUAAACGAUGCCCUGAACGAGUUGAAAGGCCUGUCGGACCACCUUCUGCAAAGCCGACGUGCCUUCUACGAGAGAGCUCAAAAUAAAGAGGCUGCGAGAGUUUCACAGGGGGCUGAUCAAGAUAUCGAAGACUACGCCAAUGUGAUCUCAGCUCUGCGACGGGAGUAUGAAGAAGAGAAACAACGUCUUCUGCAAGAUAUCAAUCAGAAUUGGUUCCAUCGAGACUAUUACGACGCCUAUACAGUUGAAUCAGAGCUUCAUCUGAAGAGUCUGCAUUCGCAGCUAAAUCGGCUUUGCGCUACUACCGUGUCAAACACGGAUCGUGGAAAGGACUUGGGAUCUGCGGCCGCUAGACUAGCCAAAGCUCAGAAAAUAAUUCUUUCCAUUGCGCCGCCCAGAAAGCCCUCAGGUGGUGUGAGCCACGUAAUACUGCUGAACCAGGUGGAGAACGCCAUAAGCAUCUUCUCUAAGUUCGUUAACAGCACAGUGGAUCGUCAGGAGGGUCUAGAAGAUAAUGACUUCAACGAUUUGUCAGCACGGGUGCCUGAGGCUCUCGCGGGCCUCGCCGCAGCCGUUAACGACCUUCGAGCACGGCUCUAUUGUGAUGUUGGUGACGACGAUUUCAAUGAUGUCGAUACUGUUGGCGAGAGGAACGAAGAGUUAAGGGACUUUCCGGAGGACUGUGAAGAUCGAGACGGACACCCUCGAAAACCGGGCCCCUCACCUCUGGGUUUUACAAUCAAUUUAGUGGAUUCAGAGGAUCCUGACGAAAUCAACGAGAGUGAGAUAUGA